GGCUGCCAACAUUACCAGCGCGGGGUGAAGCUGCAAUGCUCGCAAUGCGAGCAGUGGCACUCCUGCCGAUUCUGCCACGACGAAGUCGAGGACUCGCAUCAACUCGUGCGGUAUGAGACCAGAAACAUGCUCUGCAUGAGAUGUCUCCUACCCCAGCCUGCUGCACAGGACUGCAGGGGCUGUGGGACGCGGGUGGCGAGAUAUUACUGUGAUAUAUGUAAGCUGUGGGAUGAUGACCCCGAGAAAUCGAUUUACCAUUGCGCAGAUUGCGGCAUCUGUCGCAUAGGCGAGGGAUUAGGAAAAGACUUUUUCCACUGCAAGACCUGUAAUGUCUGCAUGUCGAUCCAGCUUGAGAAUGCGCACAGGUGCAUAGAACACUCGACCGAAUGCAACUGUCCGAUCUGUGGCGAGUACAUGUUCACGUCGACAAUGACAGUAGUAUUCAUGUCCUGCGGCCACUCGAUCCACCAGCAAUGCUACUACCAGCACACCAAGAACUCGUACAAAUGCCCGACUUGCGCGCGGUCGAUAAUCAACAUGGAAAGCCAGUUCCGGCUGCUGGACCGCGAGAUCGAGCGCCAGGCGCUGCCGGAGCCGUACAACCUCUGGCGGAGCGUGGUGUACUGCAACGACUGCUCUGCAAAGUCCGAGGUACCGUUUCAUUUUUUGGGGCUCAAGUGC